ACUCGAGCGAGCGCGUCCAUUCCCGGUUGUUGUGCAAAAAAAAAAAAAAAAAAAAAAUCACGAGUAACGACGACGACACCGGUCGUGGGAGGGAGCAGCACUUGCAAGCGAAAAGAUGGCGAAAUAGCAAGUUUGGCCGUCUGACGUUGUUUUUGCGGCGGUGUCGGUGGAUUUCCGACGACGGCGAGGCGGACGUCGGACGCCCAACUUUCGUGACUCUCGGGCCCGCUGCACGAGGCUUGUUUUUUUUCCGGGAAGGUUUGGCACCGCCGGGCGCGACUGUCAACACAGAAAAUGCAAGAAAAAAAAAGGGGGGGGGGGCGAAUUUAUAGUUGAGCAGCGGCUGCUCAGCCCGCCGCGUUAGCCGCGUUAGCUAAGCAGCCCAAGCGGCUUUGAUCGCGCCCACCUGUCUCCUCGGACCACCGGGGGGGGGGGGGGCGCAAUUGACUUGACUUGAUUUAGGGAGUCGAACGAGCGCGUAGGCAUCGCAAGACACUUGAACGACACCUUCGGGGAUCGAGACCUCAAGAGAAGGAUGCUGGUGGCGGUUCGAUAGGCGGCUGUUGUGGUUCGGAACGGGGGACGCCAUCACAUCAACAACUGCGUUCGCUUACAAAACAAAACCGAAGACGCCGCGUUUUGUUUUUUUGCUUCCCCCCCCCCCUUUCUUCUUCUUCUUCUUCUUUUUCUUUGUGCGGCGUCACCAACCAGACCCGGAUUGGUUUUGGCUUCCCGCGGCAGGAGCAGCCGCUUCGUUAGCCCGAACCGAAGCGACGUCGCCGGAAUGGAGGCGUCCAUGUUCAACAGUCGCUCAAGUUAAGAGGUGGUCGACGAGAGGGUGCUCGCAACAAUUCCGGCGACAUUUGUGGCGCGCGGCUCGCCCCGAACGUGAUUCUGCUGAACAAAACCAACAACAAUUUGUGCUGAACCAUGUCUGAAAACGCCCCCACGCGAAGCCUGGACGACAUCGACCUGGCGGCUCUGAGGGACCCGGCGGGAAUCUUCGAGCUGGUGGAGGUGGUCGGCAACGGGACUUAUGGGCAGGUCUACAAGGGCCGCCACGUGAAGACGGGCCAGCUGGCGGCCAUCAAGGUGAUGGACGUCACGGAGGAGGAAGAGGAGGAGAUCAAGGCCGAAAUCAACAUGCUGAAAAAAUACAGCCACCACCGCAACAUCGCCACGUAUUACGGCGCCUUCGUCAAGAAGAGUCCGCCGGGACACGACGACCAGCUUUGGUUGGUGAUGGAGUUCUGCGGGGCCGGCUCGGUCACCGACUUGGUGAAGAACACCAAGGGGAGCUCGCUGAAGGAGGACUGGAUCGCGUACAUCUGCAGGGAAAUCCUUCGGGGCCUUUCCCACCUUCAUGCCCAUAAAGUCAUCCACAGGGACAUCAAGGGCCAGAACGUUCUGCUCACCGAGAACGCGGAGGUCAAACUUGUUGAUUUUGGCGUCAGCGCUCAGCUGGACAGGACCGUGGGGCGAAGGAACACCUUCAUCGGUACGCCUUACUGGAUGGCGCCGGAGGUUAUCGCCUGCGACGAGAAUCCCGAUUCUACCUACGACUACCGGAGUGACAUCUGGUCCUUGGGGAUCACCGCCAUCGAAAUGGCCGAAGGAGCGCCUCCGCUGUGUGACAUGCAUCCAAUGAGGGCCCUCUUCCUGAUCCCCAGGAACCCCCCCCCUAAACUUAAAUCCAAAAAGUGGUCCAAGAAAUUUAUUGACUUUAUCGAGGCCUGCCUCGUGAAGACGUAUCCCAGCCGUCCGUCCACGGAGCAGCUGCUCAAGCACACCUUCAUCAGGGACCAGCCCACCGAGCGGCAGGUUCGGAUUCAGCUCAAAGACCACAUUGACCGCACGCGCAAAAAAAGGGGGGAGAAAGAGGAGACGGAAUACGAGUACAGCGGUAGUGACGAAGAGGACGAAAACCGCAGCGAUGACAGAGAGUCCAGCUCCAUCCUCAACGUGCCGGGGGAGUCCACCCUGCGUCGGGACUUCCAGCGGCUCCAGCAGGAGAACAAGGAGCGCUCGGAGGCCCACAAGAGGCAGCAGGCCCAAUUGGCCGCCCAGCGCCGGGACCCCGAGGAACACAAGCGCCAACUGCUGCACGACAGACAGAAACGCAUCGAGGAGCAAAAAGAGCAGCGCCGGCGACUGGAAGAGCAACAACGGAAGGAGAGGGAAAUGGCGAGGCAGCAGGAAAAAGGGCCCCAUCGGCGACUGGACGAUUUGAGGCGAGAGGAAGAUCGAAGAUUGGCGGAAAGAGAGCAGGAGUUUAUAAGACACAAGUUGGAAGAGGAGCAGCGUCAGCUGGAGAUCCUUCAGCAGCAGCUGCUUCAGGAGCAGGCGCUGCUUAUGGAGUACAAACGCAAGCAGCUGGAGGAGCAGCGGCAGUCGGAGCGUCUGCAGAGGCAGCUGCAGCAGGAGCACGCUUACCUGGUGUCCCUGCAGCAGCAGCAGCAGCAGCAGCAGCAGGAGAAGAAGCCGCCUCCGCUCUACCACUACAACAAGAACUUGGAGCCCAACAACAAACCCACGUGGGCCCGCGAGGUGGAAGAGCGAAGUAAGCGCAACAGACAGGGGGGGUCCCCCAAAAUCUGCACCACCGUCUCCGACACGGCCAUCCAGUCUCGCUCGGACUCCGUCGGCCAGUCCGGACCGGGCCCGUCCGCUCAGACGCCGCCGAUGCAGAGGCCCGUCGAGCCUCAAGGGGUGCAGGGCAAGUUCCAGAUGGCUCACUUGGUUCCGCUAAAGCCUUACGCGGCCCCGGUCCCUCGCUCCCAGUCUCUGUGCGACCAGCCUACUAAGACCAUGUCCGCAUUCCCUACCCAGGACCCGUCCCUCGCCCCCACGCCCCGCCCCGUGCACUCCAGAGAGCUCGUGCGUCAGAACUCGGACCCCACGUCCGAGACCCCCGCACCGCAGGCGCACCUGAUCAGGGAGGAUCGCGGGCCGUGGAUCCGCCUGCCGGACGUGGACCUCCCGCCCAAGAUGACCCAGAGGACCGCAUCCAUCGCCGCAGCCCUCAACAGCAACCUGACGUCUGGCGUUCGCCACCCGGCGAGGGCCAGCAAUCCGGAUCUCAGCCGAAACGAUCGCUGGGAGAGAAGCGACGGCGUCAACGUCGUAUCCAAUCUGCCGCAGACGGGCUCGUUGGAGCGCCACCGCAUCCUCAGUUCCUCCAAAAUGGAUUCCCCGAUCCUCUCCCACGACAGCCGUCAGAAUCCAGGGGAGUCUCGCACCUCUUCUCGCCCGGGGCGUCCCGCUAGUUACAAGAGAGCAAUAGGAGAGGAUCACGGCCUCUUCGCCAAAGAGCGUGCCGAGGAGCAGCCGAGGCCCCCGGUCAAGGCCAACGACUACUCCUCGUCCUCGGAGAGCAGCGAGAGCAGCGAAGAGAGCGAAAACGGAGAAGGGGCCGACGAGGAGGAGAGCGCCGCCGACCGUCGCAGGGACGCAGACACCGACUCGGUCAACACCAUGGUGGUUCACGAAGACGAGGACGAGGGCGAGGGCGAAGGCGAGGAGGCGGAAGGCCGUCGGCCCGGAGGUUACGGAGAUCAGACCAUGUUGGUGCAAAGGACCCCAGAGAAGCGCAGCCACAAUGGCUACACCAACUUGCCGGACGUGGUGCAGCCCUCCCACUCCCCCACGGAUCCCGCCGCGCUCUCCUCCUCCCCCGGGAAGGACUCGGUCUAUGAUUAUCAGUCCCGAUGUUUGGUCAAGGCGCCCGGCAAGUCCUCCUUCACCACUUUUGUGGAUCUCGGAAUGUACCAGACGCCGGGAGGUGCCGGGGAUAACGUCUCCGUCGCCAGCUCGCGCUUCGAACAGCUGAAGAUGGAGGUGAGGAAAGGCUCCAUGGUGAACGUCAAUCCCACCAACACGCGGCCCCCGACCGACACGCCGGAGAUCCGAAAGUACAAGAAGAGGUUCAACUCUGAGAUCCUGUGCGCGGCGCUUUGGGGCGUGAACCUGUUGGUGGGGACGGAGAACGGUUUGAAGCUGCUGGACCGCAGCGGCCAGGGCAAAGUUUACCCGCUCAUCAACUCGCGCCGCUUCCAGCAGAUGGACGUUCUGGAGGGCCUCAACCUGCUCAUCACCAUUUCAGGCAAGAAAAACAAGGUGCGCGUUUACUACCUGGCCUGGCUGAGGAACAAAAUCCUCCACAAUGACCCCGAAGUGGAGAAGAAGCAAGGCUGGACCACCGUGGGCGAGAUGGAGGGCUGCGUGCACUACAAAGUGGUGAAAUACGAGCGGAUCAAGUUCCUGGUGAUCGCCUUGAAGAACGCGGUGGAAGUCUACGCUUGGGCGCCCAAACCUUACCACAAGUUCAUGGCCUUCAAGUCCUUCGCGGACCUGCCGCACAGGCCCGUCCUCGUGGACCUGACGGUGGAGGAGGGUCAGAGGUUGAAGGUCAUCUACGGUUCCUGCGCCGGCUUCCACGCCAUCGACGUGGACUCCGGGAACAACUACGACAUCUACAUCCCGGUUCACAUCCAGAGCCACGUGACUCCGCACGCCAUCGUGUUCCUGCCCAGUUCCGACGGGAUGGAGAUGCUGCUGUGCUACGAGGACGAGGGCGUCUACGUCAACACGUACGGGCGCAUCAUCAAGGACGUGGUCCUGCAGUGGGGAGAAAUGCCCACGUCCGUCGCUCACAUCUGCUCCAAUCAGAUCAUGGGCUGGGGGGAAAAAGCCAUCGAGAUCCGCGCCGUGGAGACGGGACACCUGGACGGCGUCUUCAUGCACAAGCGAGCUCAGAGGCUGAAGUUUCUUUGCGAGCGUAACGACAAGGUUUUCUUUGCCUCGGUGCGCUCGGGUGGCAGCAGCCAGGUCUACUUCAUGACCUUGAACAGGAACUGCAUCAUGAACUGGUGAAGGGACGGACGGACGGACGGGAUUCGGAACCACGUCCGCUCGCUGAACGUACAUUUAGAACCAAAUGUGGUCUUUUCAAUUCGUUUUGGCCUCCCAGUAAAAAGAAAUUCUCACAAAUUUGAUUUGAUUCUGGGCCGGCUCGUCCCAAAUCCCAGCGCCGUCGCUCGCGUCUCAAGUAGUCCUCGCCGUGCGGUACUGUGUUAUCUUAACGAUUUAGUACAAAUGUGAUAUUUAUGUGUAGUGAUUCUGAAUGAGUGCUAUUUUUGCAUUUUGCUCUACUGUAAUUCUAUUUGGACGUAGACGCUGUUCCGGUGCAGUCUUGUCGGUGUACGCGGCCCGGUCCGGUCGACGCGUGGAUUUGGAAUAUUUGCCGGUGGAAAAGGCCAAAUUUUCAAGUGGCGUCUCGCGGUUCUGAAUAUACUGCUGUGGUUGGGGGGGGGGUGUAUCGAAGCAGUCUUCUCCAUUUUCUGUGGAGCGACACCAGUUUUGACGGCGUUGGUUGAAUCCAAAGAGAUUUGGAAAUAUUUGGAUCGCGCAGAUUUUUUUUUUUUGUCUUUGUGGGGGGGAGGGGGGGGGGCUGUCGCCUUUUGACAAUAUACAAAAAUACGUAAUUGUACAAUAGUUUGAGUGUGCAUGUAAGCCGUUGAACUAUAAGAGUGUAUCCAAGUUGUUUUUAGAUUGCGUUUCAUAAUUAUUGUACGUUGGCAAGUGUGAUUAUUUUCUUUUUUUUUUUUUUGGGUUGCUUUUUCUGGGGUUCUUUU